UUAUGCAAACACAAGUACAUGAGGGGUUGUGUGAAAAUUAUUUUUCUCUUGCCGAACUACAAAGACAGAAUCAAAUAGCUUCUUUUGGACAUACUCGUUUUUCUUUCUUUCUUUUUUUCCUAUUUCUUGUGGAUAUUAUGGCAAAUAACACAACAAGUUUAGGAAGUCCAUGGCCAGAAAACUUUUGGGAGGACCUUAUCAUAUCCUUCACGGUAUCCAUGGCAAUUGGGCUAGUAAUUGGAGGAUUUAUUUGGGCUCUGUUCGUUUGUCUGUCCCGAAGAAGAGCCAGUGCUCCCAUCUCACAAUGGAGUUCCAGCAGGAGAUCUAGGUCUUCUUACACCCACGGCCUCAACAGAACUGGAUUUUACCGCCACAGUGGCUGUGAACGUCGAAGCAACCUCAGCCUGGCCAGUCUCACUUUCCAGCGACAAGCUUCCCUGGAACAAGCAAAUUCCUUUCCAAGAAAAUUAAGCUUCAGGGCUUCUACUUUCCACCCCUUUCUGCAAUGUCCACCACUUCCUGUGGAAACUGAAAGUCACCUGGUGACUCUGCCCUCUUCCAACACGUCUCCCAGCAUCAGCACUUCCCACAGUCUGGGCCGUCCUGAUUUCCACUGGUCCAGUAACAGUCUUCGAGUUGGCCUGUCCACACCGCCCCCACCUGCCUAUGAGUCCAUCAUAAAGGCAUUCCCAGAUUCCUGAGCAGGGUACUUGAGGUUUUUCUUUCUUUCUUUUCUUGUCUUUUAUUGAAAGGAAAUCAUAAGUAGGCUAAAUAGAAUUUUGAGGGCAUAGCUCAAACAACUAAUGAAUUUCCAAGUUGAAAUAUACUCACACAAGUUGGACAUUACAAUAUAAAGCAAAUUUUCUUUGAAUACCUUUUUUCUUAUGUCUCAAAAGAUGUAAUAUUUUCCCAAAUAGUUAUAUAUUUAUAUAUUUUGUAUUCAAUGUGAGGCUUAUCAAAGAUAAUGAUGCUAAUCUAAGAAUUAGCUAUGAUGCAGUAUAUAUAUAUUUGAUUAAAAUAAAAAUUUUAGACAGUAAUGGUUUACAGUCCUCAUUCACUUUCCAAAGUGACCAUAAAGAGAAGAAAAUCACUGUCACUUUAAAAAAUAUUCUAACUUCACUUUCUUUAGGAUGCCAAGUGAACCAUAUUAACAUUUUACAAUCUUGGAUUUGUGAUGGAUUAUAUGAGCACAAAAUGGACAAACAUGGGAGAUUCUAAAGUUCCUUGAUUCUACUCAUGAGAAGUGUGGAAAUCAAUCAAAGGAAGCUGAACUCUGUUGUGGCCUUAUUUUUGGCAGUUAUUUUUUUUUCCCAGACAGACUCUUUCUGUGCUUUUCCUAAGAAUAGUUAUUCACAUCAUUGGGACAAAAUUCUUAGAUUUACUAACAUGAUGAUUUAACUUUUCUUCACUGUUUUUGCUAUGUUGUUAGAGAAGCAACAGCAAAAAGCAAAUUCAUUUGACCUAAAAACAAACUUUGAGUUUAACACCAAGCUCACAUUUUUCUUAAGGGAUAACUUUUCUUUCUGAGAGUUAGAUCUAGCAACUGCGACAGCACUUUAUCUGGAGAUCUUCUUUUGUAACUUCACAGACAAAUAAGUAUGAGUCAUUGGAGAGAUAGUUUGUUAUUGAAAUGGAUGUUAUACCCAUGAAGAAUAAUUCUUCCUGGAUUGACUCUUAAUCAUCAGGCAUCACCCCUUGUUUGCUCCUCCGUGAAUUUCAAUCCCAACUUCUCUGAAGAGUCUUUGUAUAAUGACUAAACCAUGCCAUAUGAUCCUUGGUGCAGACAGUUAUUUAAGGAGUCCACUUCUACAGGUGGCUGCCCUUGUAAGGGAAGACACAUCCCUAAAUGUGGGCACCAGAGAAUUUCAGUGGCCAGAUGUCUGUGGCUGAACUUUUUUCAUUUAAGGACAUGAGUUCACUGGAGUAUGACUCAAAAAGCCUGUGGUUUAUUUCCAGUAUAGUGAAUAUUUAGCUUAUGUUGCUGUUUGUUUGUUUCUUUGAACACUGGGAUUUUCAGUAAAAAAGAAUGUAAAAAUUUUUAUAUAAUACAAGAUUCCAUAUAGUAUUUUUCCCUAUUAUUUUUACUUAGCUUAUAUUAUCCAUCAUUCCUCGAGGACAAUUAAUCUUCAUAAUGUCUAUAGAUAGAUGUUUUCUAAUUAAAUGUGCCGGAAGAAAGAAAAAAAGAAAGAGAGGAAGAAGGAAAGAUAGAACAAAGAAAGAAAGAAAAAAGCUAACAGGAUAACCAAUUCAUUGUAAGUUGGUUUUUAACAAGGAAAUUUAGCAGUUGUCAUAUAGCCAAGUAAGAUUUCAAGAGAGCAUUAGCUUAGUAACAAGGCUAUUUUUUUACUUGCAUGUCAUCCUUAAUGUCCAACAUGAGAAGUGAGCAAAGAGUGUGGUUUUUAUCUAGAAUUUAUAUUGGGAGUAAAAACUGCUUUAUAUCUCCCAGAUUAGGAAAAUGAGAGUAUCAAUCCUCUAGUGCAUUUAACCAUCUGGGAGAAUUGUUACUGCCUCCCAUCCCAGUUAUAAGACAAUAAAAAUGAGUAUCUUAUAAAUAUUUUUCAGUGUAUGAAAUGUGAAAUCAAAGUGAAAACUGGAGACUUUUUAGAGUUGUAUUUGUUUUAUUUGAAACGUUUUGUUGAUUAUGAAAUAAAAGUAAACUGAUGUCAA